UGUUUUACUACUUGAUACAGAAUGUAGUCUUUUAGAGACUGCCCAGCAUGCCCAGGGUGAGGAUACACGAACACUCCAUGCCAUUUCAGACUCUGAGAGAUCUCAGUGGUUAUCCUUCUUGGCUUCAACCCUGCAAUGACCAAGCAAGUGUGCGUCGACGGUCUUAGAUUGUCGUUGGCCUUUGUCAUCCACCAAUCACCAGCGCUAACAAGCUUCUAGAGCCACCUGCCUAUCUUGCCAACAAUUACAAUUUGGUCCAUACAAAACAAUUGGGAUUCUACCUAGCCUAGUUCACACAGUUCUUUAGUUUAACUUCGAGCUGUCAAUCAACACCAAGUGUCUACUGAGCUGAUCUACCAGGUGUAGAACAGGCCCAAAACGAACAACAGCAACAGGCAGCAUCACCAUCGGAAUCACCAUCACCCAUGCAUGGUGUUGGCUGUUUCCUAUUUAUUGACGAGAACAAAAAAUAUGCAUGUGUGAUAACUUUACCAAAAUGGAAAAGGACAAGGAGACAGAGGAUGCACUUAGAGAUACUCUUUAUCUUGAAUGCAGCAGUGAUUCAAACUUCUUAACGGUUCCAUCCCUGAUUGUCGUCUUUAUUCAGCAGUACUGUCACUAUGAUAAUCUAGACAUUAUACUCGUUAGUAGAAAUCAACAGGAACAAAAAUCAUCUCCAAAAUCAAGUCUAAAUAAAAAUUGCCUUGAUGGCAACCCAGGUGACAAAGAUGAUCUUAAGCAAAGUCUUCUGGCGAUACCUAAGAGCUUGAAGUUCAGUUUAUUGAAUUAUGUCUGUCUCCCUCGUGUGGUUCAAGAUUGUCAGCUGCCAUCUGUAUUACUGCCAGGAAAACAGUUCUGUGUUUCUGGUCUGGCUAACGUGUGUAGACGAAUCAUCCAGGCUGCGGUGCCUUUAGAACCACAUCGGAAUUUAAUAACACUUCUUGGUUUCCGACAAACUUGCCUGAAAACUUGUUCAGAAUCAAGCAUAUGGACUAAACUUUGUGAAGUAGACACUCCUGAUGAGAUCACCAACUACCUCAAGAAGCCAUUAGAACAAUCCUCCUGCCCCAUGUGUGUCAGCAAAUUCCAGGAAAUACUGUCCCAGCCUGUGUCUGCAUUCAAUUCUGAGAAAAUGAGAAGAAAGUUGCUGAAGAACAAGCAGGAGAAUGGUAUCACAGAUGGAGGAGAUGGAAGGUCUGAUGUAGACAGGAAAACUGAUGAAUAUGGAACACCUGUUAUAAGAGAGAAUGAUGGGAUAGGAGAAGCAGAUGAUGAGGAGAUGCAUCCUGGGAAUGAUAUGGUGACAUGUGAAGAGGGUAAGAAUGAAGAGUUGACAUCUGAGUUCACUACCAAGUUGAAUUUGUGGAACAAGAAAGAAGUUCGAAGAAGGAAGAGAGAACAGAAUCAGAAGAAUUCUGCAAGAGAUCACACUGUUUCAAGUCCUGAUGUAUCUGCUGUAGGUAAUGUACAUCAAUCAUCCACUGAUACAGAUGGUGCUAUUGGCAGAGUUGAAACAGUUGAUGAGAUUUCAUCUAAGUCAGAGGAUGGAAGCAUGAGAAGGAAAAGAAAACAGAGGAAUAAGAAAAAGAUCCACAAAGACACUUUGCCAGAGCUAACUCAUCUAUUUGUACAUGAUGUAGACGUCACUCUUGCUGAUUUCACAUUGUUUGUUCCCAUCCACCUGUGGCUACACACCUCUACUCUGAAUGGUACAUCCCACGCUCCAUACAGGACUGUGCCUUUGGUCUUGGAUUGGUACCAGCGCAUGUGGAAUGUUCCAUUGGUGAGGCAGGUAGCAUCAACCUGUCUAGGUCUGAGGGAAGUGGAUAUAAUGUCUCUCAAGGAAACAACUAGCGAUAUCGGUGAAAUCUCCAAGACUGAUAGUUUCAUAUCAGAAGAAGAUGUUAGACCUCACGUUGGCAAUCUAGGUGUUAGCCGUGGUGUAAUGAGAGAGUUACUGAAGAAGGCUUUACCUGAUGUGAUUGUGACGAUAGAGGAUGAAGGAUUGAAUGCUGGAUUCCUGGAUCACCCUUCAAAGAAUACAUCACUGGAUUGGAGAAACAUGCAUGCAGCUGUUAGUCCUAUAGAAGGUGAAGUUGAAGCACGUCGAGCGAGAGGUAAAGAAAAUCAGAUUGAGAGCAUUGUCACAGCUGUUCAACAGAUAGCCAAGCCUGGAUCUAGGAUUCUUGAUUUCUGUAGUGGAGGGGGUCAUCUUGGUAUAGCUCUUGCAUACUGCCUCCCAGACUGUCAUGUGAUCAUGAUAGAGAACAAAGAAGAGUCUUUGAGACGAGCGCUUGGUAGAGUACAAACCCUCAAACUACAGAAUGUCACCAUGUACCUGAGUAACAUUGAUUACUUCUAUGGACAAUUUGAUAUUGGGGUGUCUCUACAUGCCUGUGGAGUAGCAACAGAUAUUGUACUUAGUAAAUGCCUAGAGCAGAAUGCAUCAUUUGUGAGCAGUCCAUGUUGUUAUGGUUCCAUACAUAACACACAUCACAUGACCUAUCCAAGAAGCAGAGUAUUCAAGGAGAGCAGCAUCGCUAAGAAGGACUAUUUAUUAGUUGCACAUGGAGCUGAUCAGACAUGUUGGGAUUUUGACAGUCGCCUUGCUAAACAAGGAAUAAUGUACAUUAAUAAGUACUUCGCAAGGAUGUCUUCAUCUUACAUCAAUACUUUCUUUGUCCCAUUUUCUGAAAAUAGACAUCUGUAAGCAGAUUGCAUGUUCUAACCAUUAGCAUUUAGUUACGUUCACUAACCCGUUUAUUAAUCUCAACUUUUGAUUUAUGUGUAAUUCUCUAUUUGGUCAUUUGGAGUUACCACAUAUAUCUAUUAUUUCUAAACACCA